CACGUUUUCGUCUUUUUGGAAACGGAAAGAAAUCAGCAUGGAGACAGGCGAUGGGAGUUUGUGAGCUGAAUGUCGCCGAUAGAUAGUAAAUACAACUCUGCGUUGUCUAACUGCCAUAUUCAAGUAUUUCAGUCACCACCAGAACGUUUGACAGAAUGCCUCGAGUCAAUCUCACGUGAGAUUUGCCUUUUGACUAAACGAUGGUAACAUUUCACAUGGACAGCUGUAGUUGUUAUAGCUUCUGCCGAGAAUAGGGUCUACACAUAACCUAGCUAUCUACAUACAAUGGGCAGAGCCGAUCAGCUAUGCAACAUUUGUUGUGAUUUGCUUUGAAUCAUAAUGUCGCCAUGCACUUGGGGAUUGUGGAGAAGCGCUAUUCACACCCUCAAGACACUCAGCAGAGCAUCUCCAUCAGCGAGGGGCCUGUGUAUCCCGACCAGAGCGGUAUGCGAUGCUGAGACCAUCUUUGCCCUGUCGUCGGGCCACGGCAGGUGUGGGGUGGCGGUGGUCCGUGUCAGUGGUCCUGCCUCCUCCAUGGUCCUGAGAAACAUGGCAGGUCUGACCCAGGCUCUACCCCCUCCUCGUACCGCCCUGCUACGGAGGAUCACUGACCCCCAGUCCAAAGAGUUGCUGGACCGAGGACUGGUCCUCUGGUUCAAAGGUCCCCACAGCUUCACAGGGGAAGACAGUGCAGAGUUUCAUAUUCACGGAGGUCCUGCAGUCAUCACAGCUGUCUUACAAGCCCUAGGAAGCCUGGAGGGUGUGAGGCCUGCGGAGGCAGGUGAGUUCACACGGAGGGCCUUCCACGCGGGGAAACUGGGCUUGACGGAGGUGGAGGGCCUGGGGGAUCUGAUCCACGCUGAGACUGAGGCCCAGAGGAGGCAGGCCCUCAGGCAGAUGGACGGGGAGCUGGGCCGCCUCUACCAGGACUGGAGUUACAGGCUCAAACGGUGUUUGGCUCACGUGGAAGCCUUCAUAGACUUCAGUGAAGAUGAGCUCAUCGAGGACGGGGUGUUAAAUCAAGUGGACAGUUCAGUGCGCCAGCUGGAGACAGAGAUAUGAGAGGGACACCUAAAGGACGAGAGGAGAGAGAGCGGCUGCGCCCACCGAGUACAGGUGGUCAUAGCAGGAGCUACCAAUGCUGGAAGGAGUAGUUCUGCUCAACACACUCUUCUGUCCAGGGCAGCGUCCAGCAGCCAUCGUGUCCCCAUCGCGGGUACCACCAGGGACAUUGUAGAAACCUCUCUGGACAUUGGGGGCUUCCCUGUCCUCCUGAGUGACACCGCAGGGCUCAGAGACUCCUCAGACACGUGGAGAGAGAGGGUCCGCAGAGCCCGUCAGAGGGUGGAGCAGGCUGAUCUGACCCUAGUAGUGGUGGACUCCACGCAGCUACCCCCAGACCCUCAGCUAGUAGCAGCCUUCCUCCAGGAGCACCUCAGCACUGUGCUGCCCAGCCCUGAGGCCGGCAUGAAGGCUGCGUCAGACAGGGUCCUGCUGGUGCUCAACAAGAGUGAUCUGGUACCUGAGGAGCAGAGGGAGAGAACAGAGGGAGAGCUGAGAGAGAGCUCGGGUCUCCCUCCUGCAUGUUUUCUGUCCUGCUAUACCAGUACAGGGCUGGAGGAUUUCCUCACUGUGCUGCAGAGCAGGGUCAAGACUCUGUGUGGUGACCCUCUGAGCGGAGCUCCCAGUCUGACCCAGGCCCGUCACAGAGCCCACCUCCAGCAGAGUGUCCAGGCCCUGAACCAGUACCACCAGUACAGAGACCAGGACCUGGCCCUGGCCGCAGAGGGGGUCCGUCUCGCCCUCACCCACCUGGGACGCAUUACAGGACGGGUCGGAGCCGAGGAGAUCCUGGACAUCAUAUUCAGAGACUUCUGUAUAGGGAAAUAAAUGGUUGAACAUGGAUACAUCUCGUGCAGAAAGGACACUCUCACACUAGAUCACGUGACAGGGWGGAACACCAACACAGACUUUAAGUGUAGUUAUUCUAGCAAGAUACCAAAAUGUAACUAGUGUAUUUCAUUGUUUGUCCUGGUCAUUUGACCUGGUGGAUCUCAACUCUAGCCAUAGCCAGACUGAAGAAGUGUAAACAUCUUAGCAGAUCAUCUGUGACUCUCUACUGAGUCACUGUUUGAGUCAUCAUCGCUCUGUGUUCUGUGGGGAAUAAAUGGUUUGGUAGGCGAUCA